AUGGCGUUCGAUAUGCCUGAGUCAAAUCUUCUUGGGUUCAUCUUCGAGGCCCUCUUCUACGGCGCCUAUGUCUUCGUCUUUAUAGAGCAUAUGCGAGUCUUGUAUCGGAAGAGGUCCAAGACUUGGUCCUAUCUCUACUUUCAGGCCACGAGCUUUUUGCUUUUUGUCCUCAUUACAGCACAUAUGGUCGUGGAUAUUGCACGAGCAAUGCGAGCGUUCACAGGAGAUAUGGGGACACCGAAUUCCCCGAUGACAUACUUCGAGGAAUUCAACACUCUAGACAGCCGACUUCGAACCGGGAUCUAUGACGCGGUCACUCUCGUCUCUGACUUGUUCUUGGUUUAUCGCUGUUUCAUUGUUUGGGGCUCUAAUUAUUUUGUGGCCCUUGUACCGUUCCUUUUAUUCGUCGCCGACAUCGUCAUAGCAGCUUGGGCCACAGAUUCCCUUAACAAGACACGCUCAGGAGAUCAUUUUUCCAUGACCCUCGUUGGUCUUAGAGCGAAAUAUAUGUUCAUCGUGACCCUUGCUUUAAAUUUGCUAUGUACUGUUUUAAUCGCGUACAGAAUUUGGUAUAUCCAGCGACAAGUGGCUGGGUACUGUGUACACAGUGUCCAUCCCCAACAGAAACUCUCCAACGUGAUCAUAAUCAUCAUCGAGUCCGCGGCCAUUUACUCUGGAAUUCUCAUUGCACUCAUCGUCACAGAUGUAACUGGCUCGCCUUCAUUCUUCAUGCUCCUCAACCUCGUGGGUUCCGCCUGCUUCCUGGCUAUCGACUCCAGUUAUUAA